GAGCAGUUUCAUGGUGCAUUUUGACCAAAGUAGAUAUCAAAUUUUGAGCACGGACUCAAUUAUAUUAUCUCAGCCUUCUCUAGACUCACUCGGGACUCACUGCACUCAGGAGUAAAUGCUGAGUAUUGGCUAUUAGGGAGUGAGUCGUGAAUCUAGUGAAGUAUCAGAGUAUCAAAGCACCAAGAAGCCAAAACACAGGAGAGGAAAGGAGAGGAAAGGAAAGAAAAGAAAGAAAAGAGAAGAAAAGAAAGGAAAAGCACAGGCAAGUACAAUAAUACCGCCAAGAUCUACAAAUCCCUUAAUGGAUCACAAAGACAUGAACCUGCAUCUACUCUGGUGCCUCCAAAAUAAAACAUCCAUUGUCCACGAAGAUCUCGCCAUCUCAUUGAAAACUGCCGGUACACAUUGCACUUUAGAUUCUCCCUUCUCUGCUCUCUGGGAUCCUUCUGCAAUCCAAGCAAACAUUGAUCUUGGAAGCUUCAAUUUACUUUAUCCCACUUCCUUUCCUUCCUUUCCUUCCGACACGAGCACAUUGCGAUUGCAAAGUUAAACGACCGUUAUGAUUCAAACAUUGUCUUAAAAGAGAACCAACAAACAGAAUACCGUCGACCCCCUCCCCUUGAAGCUUCAGAGCAUGCGAUGCUGGCUUUGAACGACUUCCACAAACGAUUAUAAUGUCACCACACUAUCAAAACUUACAGCCUCAAGCGCGCGAUUCUUUAGAGCUGGCUAGUUUAGCAUCGAGUUCCCCAGGCGCGAGAUCAUCAACAGAUUCAAUAUCAUCAGAUGCUGGUAUAUCUUCAUCACGGAAGCUAUCACUCGAAGAGGAUGAUCCCUUAGACGAGCGAAAUCCUGCCGCGAAUGGCCGGCCUGGAAGAGGACAUGGUAGAACAUAUUCUGUCUCUUCGGCUUUCGACUUUUCUUCCAACCUUUACCCUCUGUCUUCUACCGCAGGAGGUUAUGCGCCGAUCGGAGCCCCUAUUUCUACGACAAAUGGCCAGACUGCUUUAGGAGGAGGAUCAUUAGAAAAACACAAGACUUUGACAUAUCUAAACGGGUUAUCAUUGAUAGUUGGCUUGAUAAUAGGGUCCGGAAUUUUCUCCUCGCCGAGUCAGGUCAAUGCAAAUGCGGGAUCACCGGGCGCAUCAUUAAUUGUAUGGGCAAUAGCAGGAGUAUUAGCAUGGACUGGCGCGUCAAGUUACGCGGAGCUGGGAGGAGCAAUACCAUUGAAUGGUGGCGCGCAAAUAUAUCUUUCCAAGAUUUUUGGAGAGAUUUUUGGAUUCUUGUUUACAUGGUGUGCGGUCAUCGUUCUAAAGCCCGGAUCGACCGCCAUUGUAUCGAUAAUAAUGGGAGAAUAUUUGGUACGGGCAUUCAUUGGAGCUGAGGCUGAAAAUGUCAACGUUUGGAUUAAUAAGAGCGUGGCAUUGAUUGGAUUGUUUUUCAUUACCUUUUUAAAUUGUAUAUCUACAAAGUUGGGCACGAGAAUGGGAGAUAUGUUUAUGUUCAUGAAGUUUAUUGCAUUGCUUGGAGUUACAAUCAUUGGUGUUGUGGUAGCCCUUACUGGCUUCUCUACCUCAGGAAAGGCAAACGAGGAUUGGAAGAAUCAUGGAUGGUUCGAGGGAACUAGUAGUAGCGCCUCAUCAUGGGCCGUUGCAUUAUAUGCUGGAUUGUGGGCCUUCGACGGCUGGGAUAACACAAAUUACGUGGUUGGAGAGUUUCGGAACCCUACUCGGGACUUGCCAAGAGUCAUCCAUACAGCAAUGCCAUUAGUCAUUCUCUCCUAUAUACUCGCUAAUGUCGCCUAUUUCUUCGUCCUACCUCUAAAAGCUAUCAAUGCUUCGAAUACAGUUGCAGUCAUGUUUGGGAAUAAGGUUUUUGGUCCCAUUGGAUCUUUAAUACUUGCUCUUAUUGUCAGCGCAAGCUGUUUUGGGGCUUUAAAUGCAACAGCCUUCACUAGCGGACGAUUAGUCUAUGCAGCUAGUAAAGAAGGUUAUCUACCCGCCAUGUUUGGCAAAAUUGGGUUCGGAAAUCAAGAGGAGCCAUCUGCCAAUACUCUCCGAACACGCAACUGGGCAUCAAAGAAAUUAGCCAGAUUCUUCGGUGACGAAGAUACUGGGCUCUUCUUCACACCCGUUAAUGCCAUGAUCUUCAAUGCUCUUUUGACCGCAGUCUAUGUCGCUGUCGGUGAGUUCGGUACGCUAGUCACCUUUUACGGUGUAGCUGGCUAUACAUUCUAUUUCUUCACAGUCCUAGGACUCAUUGUUCUUCGCGUCCGCGAACCUAAUCUCGAACGUCCUUACAAGACUUGGAUUACUACCCCCAUAAUCUUCUGCUGUGUGAGUUUGUUCCUACUCAGCAGAGCAGUCUUUGCGGAACCAAUUCAAACGCUCAUUGUGGUCGCGUUUGUACUUGCUGGAGUACCGAUAUACUACUGGAGGAUCCGCGGACGAGAUCAGGUUACUAAGAGAGAGAGAAGUAGCAGUGGGAGUGGAAGUAGUAGUUGGAAAUUCUGGGAAAGAGGGUCGCGUUAGACUGAAGAUCUAUUAUGGUAACUGGUCGUGCUUCACAUGCAUCACUGAUCAAGAUGGAUGAAUGAUUGAAUGAACAAUAGACACAGAACUGAGAAGCAAGAAAGAGAUAUGAAGAAACAAGAAUAUAUUUUUAAUGUCAAUACUUAAUUGUGUAUCAAUAUCCAUGCUCUAUCAUCUUAUGUGUGUGUAUUUAGACAGUAAGCUAAUGCAAUACCUUAUUUAUAACAUCACUUAUCGUCCAAGUUCAGUUGACAUCCUCUACCUAGCAUCAAUAUUCAACA